CAGGGCUGAGUUUAAGAGAAACUGCACAGACAGGACUCGAAAGUCAGAAUCUCCUGAUUUUCACAAGAUGCUGGACUGGAGAUUGGCAAGUGCACAUUUGAUCCUGGCUGUGAUGUUGAUGCUGUGGAGCUCAGGAAAAGUGCUCUCAGUGGAUGUCACAACAGAGGCCUUUGAUUCUGGAGUCAUACAUGUGCAGUCACCACCCACAGUCAGGGAAGAGAAAUCAGCCACUGAUCUGGCAGCAAAACUCUUGCUUCUUGAUGAACUUGUGUCUCUGGAGAAUGACGUGAUUGAAACAAAGAAGAAAAGAAGCUUCUCUGGGUUUGGCUCCCCCCUGGACCGACUCUCAGCUGGCUCUCUAGAGCAUAAAGGUAAACAGAGGAAAGUAGUAAAUCAUCCAAAAAGACGAUUUGGUGUCCCCAUGGAUCGGAUUGGUAGAAACCGGCUUUCAAAUUCAAGAGGCUAAUGGAUUCCAAUCGUGACUACAACUUGAAUAAGUAACAAUACAUGCAGGCUUUUGAUUCAUAUUUCACAAUGGGCUAAUUGGCCCAUCUUGGUUUAUAAACCCCCUUUUUGAUUUCCUAGGUUAUAAAUUCACUUUUUCAAACAUUUCUGUGCUCAAUUAGUAUAUUGAUGCUAAAUAACUUAAAUGACGUUAAAGAAGGAAAGGAAUGCACUAGAUCUACUUUACCCUAAAGAAAUGAUCUAGUUAUUCUCACAAACUCCUAUAUAAUUAUCGACUGUUAAUAUUCAAACAAGAGUUAAAAUCCUGAUACCAAAAUAAAUCACCUUCAUAAAUAUACACAAAUGGGUAGCAAUCCCUCCAUUAUGAAGAAAACAUAUUCCAGCGACACACACCUUUUUGUUGCCCAUAACUACAUUGCCAGAAUUAUGAUAACGUGGAACACAAGAGAGAGAAUGGUGUAGCAGACAGAAUAUUAGCCAUGGAAUCAGGACACCUAAUCCAAAUCCUGGUUCUAUCAUUCAUUAUCUUGUUCCCAUCAAGAUACUUUCUUUACAGUUUGUACAUUUAGAUAAUAAUGUAGUGGUAUUAUGAAGAUUAAAUUAGAUGCUUGUACUAGUCCCAGAAUGCACUGGACAAACCAUACAUGCAAGUGAUAACAGCUUAUAUUACAGUUCUAAAAAUUUACUCUGUACUGGGUCCUCUUCUUAGUAUUAUACAUGCAUUGCUUCAUUUCAUCAUUGUGUUCCAUAAAGUAGGUACUAUUUUUAUCUCCAGUAUCUUGAGAAGUAGUACAGUAUAAGGGGUAAAAUCGUCAGCUAGGGAAGUCAGGCUUUGUGGGUCAAAUCCUGAGGACUAUAUGAAUUUAUACACAUUAAGCACUUUGAAUAGUGCCUGAUGUGUUAAGUACCCAGUAAUCACUAGUUAAUAUUAUUAUAAUACAAAAAAAUGGAAAGCUUAGAUAUAUUAACUCACAAUACCACAUAGCUAGUAAGUGAUACAAGUAGAAUUCAAAUCCAGAAAGCUUAAAUCCUGAGCUUAUAUUUUAAACAGUGUAUUUAAUCAUACAUAUGAUAUGUUUUAAACACUAAAUGUUUGUUAAAUAUAAAGUCUAGGCAAUAUAUUUUCUCCCAGUAGGGCUUACAAAGGGUGCAUUCUCCCUCCCAACAGAUAAGAACCUGGAACUGCUUUGACAAUUUCAGGCUACAGAAGAGAGAACUCUUCUUUCUGCUUCUCUCAAGAUGGUCCUCAGACCAAUGACGUCAGGGCCCCAGAACAUCUCUUAAUUUAAAUCACACCAUUUUUUUCUCUUCAUCAAAUGUUCUAAACCACAACGAGAAGUCAAUAUUUUACCUCAACUUUCUCAUUCUCAGAAUGACUUAGUUAAAAGAAAUUUUUUUCCCCAUGGAGUCCUUAAUCACUGAAGUUAUGAAGUACUGAAUGUUCGCAAAUAGAAAAGGACUUGCUGAAUACGCCCAAGAACACUGCCUUUUGAGCAGCACCAUCUUCAAAACUCAGAUUGGCCUUUCAUUCUUUGUAUCUAGAGAUAUUUCUUUCUUUAUAUCUAGAGAUUCAGUCACUCUUCAUGGAUGUUAAAAAUCACCACAUUAUACUUGAGUGGGAACUAACUAAUUGCUGUUAAAAACCAAGUAACCUUGAAAUCAGGGUCACAAUCAUCCAGUUUCUUAAUGUAUUGAAAACAUGAUGACACUGAACUCAAUAAAUAACUUCAAUUGGUUUCCACAUGUACCCUAUCACCUGUGCCACCCUUGAUUAUCACCCACUUUAGUAUUUCUGAAUUCAGCCAAAACAGGUUAUGAUGAAAAAAUCAUACAGGAAAGUCAUUUUUCAAGUAAAUUUUCAUAUAAAGUUUUAGACCAUAAAAACUACAGGUAGCUACUAAACUAUGAAAAGGGAGUUGAAUUAAAAUAAUGUUUCCUGAAUCACUAUUGGGUGAAAUCUAAAUUAGUGUAUUAUGUCCUUCACUUAAUAGACUUUGUUGAGUAUCAUGACAAUCACUGUCCUUAUUGCUAAAAUCUCAAGAUAGUAAUAUCACAAAAGAAUAGUUUUAGAAAAGAACUUAACAUCAUAUAUUUUCUGUUUGCCUUUUGGCAAUCAUUGUGGGUUCACCUGCUCAACCAUUAGUUCUAUUCAUUGCUUCCUGCCACUGUCACCAAGAUAUCUCAGAUAUUUUUUGACUUCCUCAUGUGAAGUUUCGUGUUUUAUAGUUUAUGAAAAAUAAAAACCAUAAAAAAUAUAUUUCUCAUUUCCAUUCAACUUUUCAAAAUUAGUUUUUGGUAUAUUAUUUCUUAUUAUCAUACUAUUCCUGUGAAUUAAACAGGAGAUGUCAUAUUGCAUCAUUUAAUAGAUAACUUAAGGGUCAUUAAAUAAUGUUCAUACAGUCAUGCAGCUAAGUGUUCAGAGAUUCAAGAACAUAAAGUCUCAUUUAAUCUAAUCCUUUUUUUUUUCUUUUUAACAAAUGAGGACACUGGAGCAGUGAGAGGAAGUUGAUUUGCACAGAAUUUUACAGAUUCUCAGAGAAAGAUCCAGGAUCCAGGUCUCUGGACUUCUAGGCCAAUAUUUUCUUCAUGACCCAUAAGGUCUUCUGGGUGUUAAUUUGUCAUUGCCGGAUGCUAACUUCACUGGUCAUACAUUUCUAAAACAAACAAUAUCUCAGAAUUUAUGAAAAUCUUUCUUUCACUUCUGUGGGAGUUGAUGUAUACUCUUUUGGAGGAGGUUUAUUUGUGGGUUUUCACCUUCUGGGUUUCACUAUGUGUCUUCACACUAAAAGUGAAACUGGUACUAAUCGUGGAAAUUUUGCUUGGUUUGAGGUCAAGUCUAGAUAUAGCUGCUGUGUGUUACCUAGUUUCCAGAACAAAUGCUAACCUCUUCCCUGAUAUGUGUUUUGGAAAAGAGGAUAAUCUGAUACUUAUACAAUGUCCUCCUCAAAUCAUUAAUAUUGGACCAAAGUUUUGAGUUUUUAAUAGGCCUCAGCUGUGAGCAACUCAGAUUCAGACAGGUAUUUUAUCUAAGGUUUCAAGCUUCUCUCAAUGCAAUUAGCAAGUUCUAGGUCCCUGACAUUCAAAUAAGGAUACAUGAUUCUUGAUGAAAUGUAGUAGAAAUAAGACUGUUAAUUGUGCCACCUCUUGCUGCCACAUACAUUAAGACUUUUAAUAACGUGAAGCACACAUUGCUGUAUUAUACUGACAAUUUUAGAACAAUUUUGACACACCAUUAUGCAAAUAAAUUAACAUGACUCUCAAAUAGCAGAAAUACCAUGUCUAAAUGCCAGUAUAUGGUUGGACCCUUGAAAAAGAGUAACGUAUACACAGUUAUCAACAUGUUAUCAUAACAAUAAACAGAAAGUAGUAGUCAGAUUUUCUUUAUGUUUCUUUUUGUCAUAGCAAUGUCCUUUGAAUGAAGAUUGAAAACUCAAAAGAAAUAGAAUAUAGCAGGUACCCAAAGAAAGGAAGUGUGGCUUGAGCACAAGCACUUAGCUUACAGGUUGAAAAUGUUCUUUUUAAUGCAUUUUGAUCUGAAAUUACCAUUUCACAUUGUCUUUACAAUAAAAAUAUGGAACAUAAAUAAAAGCUAUAAUGAAACAUCACGUAAUUAGUGUUUUCACUCUUCUCAACUGAAGUUAAUGGAUUUCCCCUUAUCUGCAGAGUUCUCAUUAGCUCUAACGAUUUCAACUUUCAUUUUUGCAGACGCGACUUCCUUGGGUAAAAUGUCACAGAAACAUGGAAGAUGCUUCAGUGAAGUUCUUCACACUCUGUAAUAAUUAAACUUUUAAGGAACUGACCUUCUGCAAAUCCUUUUCAAAGCUUGAACUUCAGUCCAUCACAUCACAGUAUUGUUACAGCUUCAAUUAAAUUACACAGGUCAUUUCAAUGCAUGGAUGUUUUUAAAAUACAUAUUGUAGUUAUUCAGGGAUGGUUACUUGGCCCCAAAUCUUACUUUUCUAAGAAACAAUUAAAAAACACAAUACAGUGAAAUGCUGUCUAUAUGCAUUUACCAAGUACAUUUAUACAGUUGGAGAAUGAUAACUGAAGGCUGAUUUAAAAUUUAGGUAAAUUUAGGUAGAAUCUGUUUGUUCGUUAUUGGGAAACAAAGAAAGACAAUGCUAUGUAUUUUCUCUUGAAUACUUUUACUACUCUCUUGUCCUUUGUCUGUGAGCCUCUUGGGUAAUGGUUAUGAAAUUAGGCAUCUCUUAUGAUAUCCAAAUUUCAAUCAGGCUCAACCAAAUAAAACACAGCCCCAGUUCCAGAAACAAGAGAAAAAAGAUCUCUGAGCAAGGAGAAAAAGCAGUAAUUAAGCCAAAAAACUUUAUCUUCCCAAAGAACUGAAAAAAUACCUGCAUGUCAGAGAAUAUUGAUUUAGAACUAAGAAGUUAAGGAUAUUACUCAUUUGUCGAGCCUGGAUAUCUCAUGUUCCCUAAUAACUCUCCGUUUCUCUAAUUACAACUGGUAAUUAAUUAAGAGCAGCAGUGUGUGAUUAUGAAGAGAACAACUACACACGGAAAGUAUGGGGGAAGUCAAAGAAUCAUGCAGUAGGAAGCCACCAGAGCAGUCUGGGGUGGGUGCAUAAUUUUAGCCUAGCACAAUAAGCAAUCUCUUGAUGUUACUGAAUCACCUAAGAAACCAUUUAAUCUGUUUCAUAGACUGUGUUUAAUAAGGCAUUGAAGAGUAUAAUGUGUUUGAGAAUGAUUGCUUUAAAAUGAUUCAAAUUCUUUUUAAUUUACCUAUCAAAGUAUGAGAUUUGAUAUUCUGGAAGGCCCAGUUCUCAGCAAUAACUAUGACGUUACUGUAAUUUAGGCACAUACGCCCAUUGUGCAUUGGAUAUGCUUUCAAAACACAAAGAUAACUUAUUCCUUGGACCAGAGAUUUAGCAGAAGUUUAUUAAACCUCUGGAAGGCACUGCUUUAAACCCUAAUAAUCACUAUCAAACAGACCUGAUAUGUGGGAGGAAGGAAGUUUGGCCAGUAGAGCAGAGGUUCAUUUUAGCAUAGAAAGGAAGAGUGUUAUGAGAAGGUAUAUUUGUAUUAGAAGAGAGAAAUAGGUAGUUAUUAAUCUUAACUAAAAAUGAAUUAAACUACAAUCCAAAGAAUAAAAUAAAUGCAAAGAAAUAUGAAAAUGAACACAUGUACUUAAAACACAGAGUGGUUUUGUUUACACCUUUUUAGUUUUGGGGAAAACUUUCCAACUGCUGAACAUCUUUAAACUUAAGUUGAGGAAAAAACAGUAAAUGAAUGAUUCUUUUCAUUGCAAUAGAGGGGCUGUAGCAAAGAGAAAUGAAUUUUGAGAAAGCUAACCAAUUCCACUUUUCAUAAACUUUCAUUGGAAAGUUAGCAGUGGAACAUGAGUUAAUACCCUGCAGGACUUGCUGUUUGAAAGAAUUAUUUAAGAAGUUACGGUCUCUAUUGCUCACCUUUCCCCAACCUUCUGAUGAAUUAUAAAAAUGUGUCCUAUUCCUUGGAAGCUCUUUCUUUCCUUUUGCUCCCAUUUUGAUAUUCGUAAGCUUCUAAUCCAACCGGGUGUUGCUGCUUCGUGCUUUGACCAAAGGUAUUACAACCUUCUUUAGCCUAAAAAUUUCUCAUAGUGAAGAUUUAAAGUGAGAUUAAACAAAUUGAUUUCCUGUCUUAUUUUUUUAAUUCAAAAUUAUGCUUAUGGAAUUCAAUUUAAUUAAAAUAAGAAUCACAGUAUA